GGCCUCGCCCGGAACCUCUCCGUACCUGGCGUGACCUCAGACUUUUCUUUUUUCUACGUCGCUCGCUGAAACCCGGCCAGAACGCCGACUUGCACCCCGCUCAUACGUAUUUAAGUCGUAGUCACCUCGUCCGGCUCCUGCGGUCGGAAUCAAAGUUCGCGAUUCCAAGAACUUUGCGAGUGAAGUGGCAUGAGGACUCCAGAGGCUGCUUAGGUGACAGAUUUUACCCCUUUGUUUGUGAGUCAUGGCAGCUCCCAUGAAGGGCCAAGUGUGUGUGGUGACUGGUGCUUCCAGGGGUAUUGGCCGCGGCAUCGCCUUGCAGCUCUGUCAAGCAGGUGCCACAGUUUACAUCACUGGCCGACAUCUGGACACGCUGCGGGUCACUGCUCAGGAGGCUCAAUCCCGAGGGGGCCGGUGUGUGCCUGUGGUGUGUGAUUCAAGCCAGGAGAGUGAAGUGCAAAGCCUAUUUGAGCAGGUGGAUCGAGAACAGCAUGGGCGUCUGGAUGUGCUAGUCAAUAAUGCCUAUGCUGGGGUCCAGGCAAUCAUGGACAACACUAAGAAGGCAUUCUGGGAAACCCCUGCCUCCAUUUGGGAUGAUAUCAAUGAUGUCGGACUCAGAGGCCACUACUUCUGCUCGGUGUAUGGGGCACGGCUGAUGGUACCAGCUGGCCGGGGGCUCAUCGUGAUCAUCUCCUCCGCUGGGGGGCUGCAGUAUUUAUUCAACGUCCCUUACGGCGUGGGCAAAGCUGCGUGCGACAGGUUGGCUGCUGACUGUGCCCAGGAGCUGCGGCAGCACGGGGUCAGCUACGUGUCUCUGUGGCCAGGGCUGGUGCAGACAGAACUGCUAACGGACUAUAUGAAGAAGAAUGACAAUGCUGAGGAUCCCCAGAUUAAACAGCUCAGAUUGCAUUUCCCAUCCGGGGAGACCACAGAAAUGAGUGGCAGAUGUGUGGUGGCUUUGGCAACAGACCCCAAAAUCCUGAGCCUGAGCGGGAAGGUGCUGCCAUCCUGUGACCUUGCUCGACGCUAUGGCCUUCAGGAUGUGGAUGGCCGCCCUGUCCAAGACUAUUUGUCUUUGAGCUCCGUUCUCUCCCGCACCUCUAACCUGGGCUGGCUGGCCCCCUACAUGCCUGGUUUCCUCCGUAUGCCCAAAUGGAUUAUGACCCUGUACACUGGCAAGUUCUAACACUUCUGGCCUGACGUCACCCCUCUGUUUGUCUUUUGGGCUGGGUGGUUGGGCCUAUCUCAGUGGAAUGAGACAGCUUUUCCUGCCUCCCGCAUACCCUUGAUACAAAGAGAAGGCCUCAACUGUGUGUCCUUGGUGAGCCCUGGGGGCACUAUAGGUCCUUCUUUGUGCCUUGGUUUUCCUUGCUCCCUACAUUUUACUUUUUGUGUUACUAUUGAAAAAUGUUCUGAGUACUAAUAAAGGUCUUAUUUCUCCUUCA